AUGGCAAAGAUUUUUUAUGAACAAUGGCAAGAUACUUAUCAUUCAUUUGGAUUACACAAUUUACAAGAUGUUCUACAAGAUAUCAAAGAUAACCACGCUUGUAAUUAUGAUCAGUUACCAAUAUUAGCGAUUGUCUUAGAUAAUAAUAAUCAAAAUUUAGUUGCAACAGCUGGCUUAGAAAAAUGUGACGUACCUGCAGGUAAUCCCUAUUAUAACACAACACCAUGGAUGGCCUGCGUUUAUACAAAACCAGAAUAUCGUGGUGAAGGUGUAGCAACAUAUAUGAUUAAUAAGAUUCUCGCGGUGGCAAAGCAACUAAAUUAUACCCAUGUCUGGCUAUGGACGGAAAAUGCAACCAGCUUAUACAAAAAACUGGGAUUUCAUAUAGUAGAAAAAAUAAAACAUAUUGGAAUGGAUAUUACGAUUAUGAGAAUUGACUUUGAUACAUCAGCUUAUUAA